AUGAGGUGCCCUUUGGCGCGAUGCGUCAGGGAAUUCGAGCAUAGGGCCAUGGGCUGUGAGAUGCUCCGGAACUACAUGGGGUUAGAGAAUUCGAGCAUAGUGUCAUGGCAAGUAGGGCUGUCAGAUGCCCUGGGGCAAGAUGGGGUUAGAGAAUUCGAGCAUAGGGCCAUGGCAGCCCAUCCGGCUCGGGCAGCUUUGAUGUUUCUCAUCCCAGUACGUGACGCAGAGACCAACAUUAUGGCUGCCGCCUCCUCAGAGCUCUGCACGCUGGAGCGCCUUUGUUCGUCCAACUUCGCGAAGCACCUCAUCGCGCCGCUGCAGCGCGCCUCGUCCCUGCUGGGCUCGGGCGAACUGUGGCAGAUGCACGCCGACGCGGAGGAGGCAGAGGCCGCCGCCCUCGCCGCUCAAGGCGACGCGGCGGCUUCCGCGCUAUGGCCGUGGAAAAUGAGCAACGUCGUUGCGCGCCUCGAGACAUCGUUGUCGCGCUUCACGCGGAAUAAGCCGCCUCCUUCCCCCACCGCCCCGCGCAAGCCGCUGAGAUCGCUCAAAGCCGCGAGUAUCACCGCCGAUCUGCCCGCGCCGUCGCCGAAAUCUCCCAGUCCCGUGUCGAGGAGGUUCAAGCAGCGCGGCGCCGCGGAGUCGCAGAUUCAGUUCCGCCUCUCCCCGUCUCAUCUCGCAUUCGUCGCCACCGCCUCUGCGGAACUUGACCUCGCCGCCUCUCGCGGCUCGCGCGAUGCAACCAAGGCCACGUGCGAGGAGCCUGUCGGUCGCGUGGCGCCCGCCGCACGUCGCAGCAGAGCGAGCUUGAGUAUGGAUGAGGGGCAGCUGAGCGCAUGGCAGGAGCACGCCCCGGCUACGACAUCAGACAACGUUGACGGAGACAGCAUUGACAGAAAUAACGUUGACGGAAACGACAUCGUGGCGUCGAAGAAAGAAUCGGAGGUUCUGGAUUUGGAAAAUUCAUUUCGGAUGACCUGUCAGUCGGUCGCCAGGUGGAUCGACGGCACUGGUCGCGCCAUGACGUCAGCCGCUCGUGUAAAUAUCGCGCUGGAUCACGACAUCGUCUUGUCGCGAUUCCUGACCGUCAAGUCUAGCCCCAGUAGCCCGACAGGUCGUGGCUGCGCGAUUGGCGCGCAGCGUGCGCUUAGCUGCCGUCGAUAUAGCACGAUCUGCCGGGCGCGGGCGGGAAGCGGGAGCGCGGAGGCACGGGAUGGCGCGGCGAGCGGCGCGGAUGCGCGCGCGGAAAGGGAGGGGUUCGCGGCGGACGGGAUCAUCGUUCUGGCGGGCGGACUGAAACGCGACGGCACCGUUCCAGAGUGGGUGGCGAGGCGCCUGGAUGCAGCGGCGGAGCUCUACCGCGCCAUGAGCGGGGGGGAGGGGGAGGGGGAGGAUCCCGCCCUGAAUGGGGGAGGAGGGCCGGGCGCUGCCAUGAAUGGGUGGCAGGGGGGCGCCUCCGUCUUCCCCAGCGCACCUUCCAGUGCCUGCCGCUGCCCCAUAGUGGUGCUGGGGGCGGGCACGCCGCACGUGCAGCCGGUGCUGAGUCAGCACGGACACAUGUGGCAUGAGAGCAGCGCGUGCGCACAGUACCUCAUGGACAAGCACAACAUCCCCCCCUCGCACAUCUACAAGGAGUGGGCAUCAUACGACACGGUGGCAAACGGCUUCUUCUCCCUCGUGUGGCACGCGGUGCCGCGGCGCUGGCAGCGCCUGCUCGUGGUUUCUCAGGUGGCGUCACCUGGGGAUCCGUUGGAGCAGGGCUAUGAGAUUCGGUUCAUCAGCGCAUCGGAUGCCGGCAUUGAUCCUGCCAUGAUUCAGGCCCGGCAAAGAAAAGAAGCAGACAGUAUUCGAUUGCUGCUGCCCUACGUAGCAUCAGUGCACUCCCUGCCGGCCUUCUACCCCUACAUGCACAUGGAGCAUCCUUCCCAACACUCUCCUCCUCUCAAUCCCCCUCCCUCCCAGGCCCGGCAACGCAAGGAAGCAGACAGCAUUCGCCUGCUGCUGCCUUACAUUGCUUCAGUGCGCUCCCUGCCAGCCUUCCACCACUACCUACACACACAGCACAGGGCAUACAACGUGCAGCACCAGGAGGAGUUUGGGCGGGUGAAGAGUGCAGAGGAGGCCACGUUUGAUCCCAUCAAGCUGUGCUAUUGA